AUGGAAAGGGGAGGAAUGAGGAGGUACAUUAUCCACCACCUGGUCUGGCUUGGCCGCCUCGAGCUCCUUGACGCUCUCAGACAAAUACUGCGGGAGAGCCACACCGGUCAAGACCCGCAGGUUGGCCGUGUUGAGAAAGCUCAGGCCGGCUUUGCGCUGGAGUUUCCAAAAGUCACCGUCCGCAUUGAUGAUGCCAUUCCCGAAAAGGUCCCAGGAGCGGGUUUUGACAAAGUUGCCUUUGGUGAAGAGACCUUCGUGCUUGAAGACGUAGUCGAGGUUUUUGGGAUCGUGGAUGAGCACGCCUGGGGGGAGGGUUGGGACUGUGAGGGCGAGGGUCUCGUAGCCGAAUUGGCGCUGGCAUUUGUCGAACCAGCUGAGGAGGUUCCAGCGGGGCUGGAGGAAUUGUAUGCCGUUGCCCACGAGGGGGAGGGUGUCGGGUGGGUUCCGUAG